AUGAGGGGACUGGGAGUGGCAGUGGUAGUGUUGCAGUUGGUUGAGGGGAGUGGGAGCGGCAGUGGUACGUGUUGCAGUUGGUUGAGGGGAGUGGGAGCGGCAGUGGUUGAGGGGACUGGGAGCGGCAGUGGUAGUGUUGCAGUUGAGGGGACUGGUAGCGGCAGUGGUAGUGUUGCAGCUGAGGGGACUGGGAGUGGCAGUGGUAGUGUUGCAGCUGAGGGGACUGGGAGUGGCAGUGGUAGUGUUGCAGCUGAGGGGACUGGGAGCGGCAGUGGUACGUGUUGCAGUUGGUUGAGGGGAGUGGGAGGGACAGUGGUUAAGGGGACUGGGAGUGGGAGAGGGGAAGAUGUCGGGGGGUAUAUUUGA